AUGGAGAUGUGGGAUAUUGCCGCUAUCAGUGAAGAGAAUUGCCUGCUUUUUAUGUGGAGUUCAUCUCCGCACCUGGAUCAAGCGAUUCGGCUUGGCAAGGCUUGGGGGUUUCAGUGGGCAACAGUCGCCUUUAUUUGGGAUAAGCAACGCGUAAACCCCGGUUUCUAUACGAUGAGCCAAUGUGAGUUGUGCCUCGUUUUCAAACGCGGUAAAAUUCCACAACCACGCGGUGCGCGAAACGUUAGGCAACUCGUUCAAACGAAACGGUCACGCCACUCUGAAAAACCGGAUAUGGUGCGUGAGCGGAUUGAGGAAAUGUUUCCGCAUCAGUGUAAGAUUGAACUGUUUGCACGCAAGCAGAUACAAGGCUGGGACGCAUGGGGGCUUGAGGUUCAUUAG